GCGCGCCAUGCCUCUCUCGUCCUCAGAGCUCAUUUAUCAAGAGCGCAUGAGCCAGUCACGACGCAUGGAGGCCCCGAUGGACCCAUACUGGGACCACUUUGACGAGCAUGAGCCCGGGCCCGAGGACUUUGAGUCGGUCGAGACGCGGCUCCUCGCCAAGUACGACAAGACGAGCGAAGCGUCGCCGAACGCCGCGCAGAUUGACGAGCCGUUUGACGAAUUGACGCUCAAGGAGCGGUCGUCGCUCGAGACGCUCACGAGCCGCCUAUUUCUCAUGAAUCACGUGCCGCAAGACCAGUGGGUUCUGCUCGCGGACAAGAAGCGCGACGACGCUGCCGCGCACAAGGCAGCGACCGCCAACAAGUGCAUUGGGAUUGCGACCCUCCUCUCGUCCUUCGCGUCGGUCUCGUCGCUCGGCAUUGCGUUCGACCUCGAGAAGGACGUCUCGCCCGUGCUCAAGCUCUUUUGGAAGGUCAGCGGCAGCGCCAUGGUCCUCGCGCUCAUCGUUCUAGUGCAAUCGCUCGUCCAGCGCGGCACGUGGCUGCACAUGGAACAACCGAGAGACACGGCGCGCCGGAUUCUGAUUUGCGCGGCGGGCUUCACGCUCUGGAACUCGUCGUUCAACUGGGCGCUCGCACACACAUCGAUCGCCCACGUGUACGUGCUCAACAACUGCCACUCGCUCCUUCUUGUGAUCUACCGAGCGCUCUGCGGCGACGUCGUGGCGUUUGCCGAAGGUUUUGGGACGCUUGUGGGUAUUGCCGGCAGCAUUGUGACGGCGAUGGACUCGACGGGCGCGCCGCUCGCCAACUCGGACAUUGUCGGGCCGAGCCUGCUUGGCGAUGCCGGCGCGUUCCUCGGCGCGAUCGGAGCUGUCGUGUACCUCGUGCAGGCCAAAGUCAUCAGCGAGCGCAUGCCGUUCAUGCUCUUUAUGCUCUGCCAUUCGACCGUCGUGUGUCUCCUCCUCCUCCCGACGAUGUGGUGCCUUGGCGAGACCUACGAGUUCUCGCACGACGCGUCAAUCGGUCUCUUCGGCUGGGCGAAUUGGCAACUCGACCGGCUUCCAAUUGAGUUUUACCUCGUCGCCGUCUGCGACUUUGGCGGGCGCAUGGGUUUCAUCCGCGUCCUCGCGUACUUUGACCCGCUCGUCGUGUCGAUCACGAUGCUAUUGCAACCGAUUUUGGCCGCGCUAUUUGGCGUCGCCGCGGGUGUUGCGACUGUCCCAGGCGCCGUCACGUGCCUCGGCAGCGGCAUUGUCAUUGCCGGCACAAUCCUCGUCGUCACGGCGGCCGGACCGCCAGCACCGCGCAAACAGCUACCACUGGCAAAUCCACGACGCACCAUGUAUGGUACUGUGUAGAGAUAGAUGCUUUAGAAAAGACAUCCUUAAGUAUAAACCCCUUUCAUGACGUGAACGUACUCGCGACGGCCCAAGGAGCCUCAUAGGCGCGUUAACGUUUUAACAAGAUUGGGUGCAAACCA